AUGUGCAUGGGGUACUGUUAUUAUGGUAAGAAGCUAGACCUAGAACCAGGGAGGUGUAGGAGGACUUAUGGAAAGAAAUGGCGGUGCUCGAAAGACGCCUACCCUAACUCUAAGUACUGCGAGCGCCAUAUGCACAGGGGCCGCAACCGUUCAAGAAAGCCUGUGGAAACUCAAACCAUCCCCCAGUCUCAAUCAUCUUCAUCAACGGUGACGUCUCUCGCUCCCUCUGGGAGCAGCAGCAGCUUCCAGAGUGCUACUCCUCUGCAUGUUGUCACUGGUACUGGCAACAAUCCACAGGGCUCGUUCAGUGUUGCCAGCAGUGGUGGCAGUUCCUCCAGGCUUCAUGUUGAUCCUAGUUCUUAUGGCAUGGCCAGCAAAGAUUACAGGUCUAUUGGUUUGCUCUUUCUACUUCAUUUGCUCUCAUACUAAUCCACAUUUUCUUGAUUUCUUCCCUCUAAAGAACAUAUACCUAAUGGAAACCAGAGGCACAUGAGAAUGAUCUCAAUUUAUGGUUUUUGAAGUACAACUUUGUUGGAGGUGAAAUAUUAAAAUCUUUGACCUUUUGCUGUCAGAGAUUGAUUCAUUUUUAUGGUACAUUGUAGAGACUUGGCAGUUUGGAAAACUUUUCGCUUCCUGCCUUCAUGAUCUUUGUCUGGUUAAUUAGCUACACUUGUCUGACAUGUUUCUCUCAGUUCCCAGAGGUUAUGAGCUCUCUGCUCCGAUCUAGUGUAGGUUUCCACCAGUAUUAUUGUAAAGAAGGAUAGACUUAACAACACUUAUGGUGAUCUGCAAACUACUCCUUGAACAUUUCUCAGAUAUGUUUCUUUGUCUUUCUACACCUGUUUUGUGACUUUGCAGGUGGUAGAUUUUAUUAUUGAAACUAUUUGAUGGAACUUGUGUUUCAUCUUGGGGGUCUUACCAAAUUGGUCCACAUUAUAUUUUGAUUGAAUUAGGCUUUUUAUGCAAGAAUAAUAUAAAGAAAAAGAGUUGUGUCAUAAAGUAGUGAACUUCUCAUGUUCCUAUUAUGGUUUUUAUAUCUAGCAAGGUACAAAUUGUCUAAGUGUAUUUAU